CGCCCCGGAAGUGUAACCGUGCGUCUCUCAGGUGUGGAUUGCCACUGUCUGCUGUUGCGAUGCCGGGGGCCGCGGCGAAGGACUCGGAGUUGUCCGAGAGGAUCGAGAGCUUUGUGGAGACCCUAAAGCGGGGCGGCGGGCAGCGCAGCUCCGAGGACAUGGCUCGGGAGACCCUGGGGCUGCUGCGCCGGUUCAUCACGGACCACCGCUGGAGCAACGCAGGGGAGCUGAUGGAGUUGAUCCGCAGAGAGGGCAGGAGGAUGACAGCCGCGCAGCCCUCGGAGACUACCGUGGGCAACAUGGUGCGGAGAGUGCUCAAGAUCAUCCGGGAGGAGUAUGGCAGACUGCAUGGACGCAGUGAUGAGAGCGAUCAGCAGGAGUCCUUGCACAAACUUUUGACAUCCGGAGGCCUGAGCGAGGAUUUCAGCGUCCAUUAUGCCCAACUUCAGUCCAACAUAAUUGAGGCGAUUAAUGAGCUGCUAGUGGAGUUGGAAGGCACCACGGAGAACAUCGCAGCCCAGGCUCUGGAGCACAUUCAUUCCAAUGAGGUGAUCAUGACCAUUGGCUUUUCCAGAACAGUAGAGGCCUUCCUCAAAGAAGCUGCCCGAAAGAGGAAAUUCCAUGUCAUUGUAGCAGAGUGUGCUCCCUUCUGCCAGGGCCAUGAGAUGGCUGUCAAUUUGUCCAAAGCAGGUAUUGAGACUACUGUCAUGACUGAUGCUGCCAUUUUUGCUGUUAUGUCAAGAGUCAACAAGGUGAUCAUUGGCACAAAGACCAUCCUGGCUAAUGGUGCCCUGAGAGCUGUAGCUGGAACCCACACCCUGGCACUGGCAGCAAAGCACCAUUUCACCCCACUCAUCGUCUGUGCACCCAUGUUCAAGCUUUCCCCACAGUUCCCCAAUGAAGAAGAUUCAUUUCACAAGUUUGUGGCUCCUGAAGAAGUCCUACCUUUCACAGAAGAGCACAUGUUCCAAGACUCCCAGUGGAUGCCUGAAACUGCAGAUUGUACCAAAUCCUGUAUGUACUACGUUUUUUUCCAUACAAAUAAGCCUGUGAGAAAGCUUAACUUAUAAAUUAGGCACAGAAAGAGAUUAACAACAAUAACUAAUAACAAAAUAGAACAGUUAUAACAAUAUAUUAUAAUAAAAUUGCCAGCAUCCUUACUCUUGUGCUUUGAAGACAUUAUCAAAGAAAAUAAAUAUUACUUGAAUAUAAGCACUGUGAUACCAUGACAGUUAAUCUGAUAAUGGAAACUGUUACUAAGUGACUAAUAGGCAGGUAGUAUACAUAGUGUGGAUACACUGGACAAAGGGACAAUUCACAUCCUGGGUGGGACAGAGUGAGUUGGGGCAAGAUUUCACCAUGCUACACAGAGAAGUGUGAAAUUUAAAACUUAUAAAUGGUUUAUUUCUGGAAUUUUCCAUUUAAUAUAUUCUGACCUUGGUUGACACUGGGUAACUGAAACUGCAGAAAGUGAAACUGUAGAAAAGGGGGGACUACUGUAAUAACACUCAAGAUUCUCUUAUUAAAAAAAGUUCCGUCUCAUCUACACCCUCCUCACCUUAUGCCAUACAUACUUCCAUGUCACAGAUUCUGAGUCUCUCCUCACAGUCUCCAUUAGCACCAUCAGCAUUUUUCCCAUCUCAUCUCUCAAACAGCUUUCAUUUGCUAAAGUCUCUGAUCAUUGUCACAAAAUCAGACAGUCCGCAUCUUACUAAACAUCUCAGCAGCAUCUGGCAUGAAUGAAGUCUUGGCUUUACAACAUAACAUUAUUCUGUUUUCUCUCUGUUUCACUAGCUAUUCGUUGACAAUCUCUUUUGCUGGUUCAUACUUUUCUACUUAGCUUUUAAAUGUUGGAAUCAUUCUAGAUUCAGGACCUCUCCUCAUUCACUACUCUUUUUCAAGAAGAUAAAAUUUACAUCCAGGAUUUCAAUGACUAACUUUAUGCUGACAACUCAUAUUAAUAUCACCAGGUCAGAACACAUCUUGUGUAACACCUAUAAUAUAGAAACAUUCUUGACAUUUCAUUUUGAAUAUUUCAAAGAGAAUUUAUACUAAACUCAUGAUUUUCACACCACACUAUCCCCUCAGCCUGCUACACCUCCAACCUGGCCUUCUAACAUUGUCCACUUAGCAACGUAGGCCAGAAAACUAGAAAUCAUCUUUGAUAUACCUCCCCCAUAUCCAAUCCAUCACCAAGUCCUGCCUGUUGACUUUAUCUCCUAAACAUUUUCCCAAUGCAUUCAUUUCUCACUAGGCCACCCUGGUCCCAGUCCACUACCAUUUCUUAUUGAAAUGUCCUCCUCAUAGUCUUUCUGGAGUUAUUGGGACUCAAAAUCCACUCUUCACUCUAAAACCCAGAGCAAUCUUUUCAAAAUGUAAUGUGAUGUGACAUGAACUGUUCCCAAAACAACAUCAAAAAACAAACAAUUUAAAAAAGAAACAACUUUCAGUUCAUCCAGUUGGUGUUGGGAUAAAUUAAAGCUUAUAAUAGGCACUGAGUAUCUGGUUCCUAGUCACUUUUCUAGCCUCAUCUCCAGCUGCACCUGCUGAAGGGGAAGAACUCACAACCUGUGUACAUUAUUCCCCCUCUUCUAAACCUAGUUAACUCAUAUUCAUAUUUCAGACCUUAUUUUACAACAUUUCUCUGACCUCCCUGACAAAACAGGUUCUUACAGCAUCUUCUAUUUCUCCUCCAUAACAAGAAAUACAGUUAAAACUAUGUGUUUAUGUAAUUAUUUAUUUCUCCUCAUAUCUUUGUUUCCCAAUCAUUGUAUCCCUAGGGCCUGAUCCAGUCCCUGGUAUACAAUAGGCAUUCAGUAUGUGCUGUAUAAAUUAAUAUUCUGUAUGCACUAUUAUUGUUUCAUUAAAUCAGAUCAUCAGGUGAUUCUGUAAAACUCUUGAUAAACCUAGGAGAGUUCAUUAUAUAAACUUUAUAUUAUUAUAGAGGGAAAACAUUAUUAAAAAGUUAACAAUAUAAACUAUUUUAGAGAGUAAAAGAUGAAAUCUCCCCUUUGCCCACCCCAUUUUCACUCCCUAGGCAACUACUACUAAUAGUUUAACCUGUGUCUUAUGUUAUUUAUGUGUGUAUGUACAUAAAACUAAAUGUAUUUUAAAACUGCUGUUUCAUAAUAUUCUUAAUUUAGAUUGGUUUUUCUUUCUAUGUCUGAAUCAUUGAAACUGCACUGUAUACCAAAGAUCACCUUAAAAGACGUUAUCAGUCAAUAAAAUAAUGUGGAAGAAAAAAAAAGUUA